GCCGCCGCUUCUGCUGUGCUUCUGCUGAGCUCCCCCGCGGUGCGGCGCGGCCGCCCCCCGCCAGCAGUGCCCCGCCAGCAGCCUCCUGGGCCCGAGGGCCGCGCCGCUUUAAGGAGAGAGGGGGGCCGCGGAGUGCCCGUCCCAUCUGGUGCCCAUCCAACUCUUCCUCCUUCCCCUUGGCUUUUUCUUUUCCCAAUGAGCUCCAGCAGGCUGGGGGAGGAGCGGGGGAAGGAGCAAACUUUGCCCCUGAGCUGCUGCCGCUGCCAGCCCUCUGGACUGUGAGUGCGUACGGUGGGCACCCGCCCCAUCCUUGCAGCAUCAGCCUGCUCCUGCUCUCCGCCUGCCGCACUCCCUCUCCCUCGCUUUCUAAAUUUCGCACAGUACGAUGUAGGGGCUGGUCGUUACUCUUUUUAUUUCUCACCGAAGAUGGUGUAUUUUUUUUUAAUAUAUAUUUAUCUUAUUUAUUAAUUCCUCCCGAUCGUAAGCCUGCCCAGCCUCCUGCCAGCUGGGCCAGAGCGUAAAGCCUGGGACUGCACCUGGGGCGAUGAGCCCUGCGCUGAAGAAGCCUCCCGGAGGGAUGCGCCGGGGCCGCGCAGCAGCCUAGCUCGGCGUCCCGGAGCGCGCAGCGCCUCUCGGCCCCUCUCCCUCGUCCCCUCCGCUCGCCUGCUUUGCACCCCGUCCCCUUGAAACCUCGGAUCAGAGCCUGCGCCCCGCUCCGGAGAUCUCCGCCGGGUGGAGAGCCCGGAGCCCGAGGAAAGACGGGGCGGCCGUGCUAGAUGCAUGGGGGAGGGCUCCGCUUAAUGCAAGUUCUGGGCUCCUGCAGGGACCCCGACAACUGUCAGCGGCAGCAGCAACUCGGGGCCUCCUCCUCGUCUUCCUCAGCGAUGCUUUUCCACAGCCUGUCCGGCUCGGAGAUGCACGGGGUCAUCGACGAGAUGGAUCGGAGAACCAAAAGCGAAGCACCGGCCAUCAGCUCGGCUAUAGACAGGGGAGAGACCGAAACGACCAUGCCUUCCAUCAGCAGUGACCGGGCUGCCCUGUGCGCCGGCUGCGGGGGGAAAAUCUCCGACCGUUAUUACCUCCUGGCUGUGGACAAACAGUGGCACAUGCGCUGCCUGAAGUGCUGUGAAUGUAAACUCAACUUGGAGUCCGAGCUCACCUGCUUCAGCAAGGACGGCAGCAUUUACUGCAAGGAGGAUUACUACAGGAGAUUUUCGGUGCAGAGAUGUGCGAGAUGUCACCUGGGGAUUUCUGCCUCUGAAAUGGUCAUGAGGGCCAGGGAUUUGGUAUAUCACUUAAAUUGCUUCACUUGCACCACUUGCAACAAGAUGCUGACCACCGGCGACCACUUCGGCAUGAAGGACAAUCUGGUGUAUUGCCGCCUCCAUUUCGAGACUCUCAUCCAGGGGGAGUACCAGGUGCAUUUCAAUCACUCGGAUGUAGCCGCUGGGAAGGGCCCAGCGUUGGGUGCGGGCUCUGCCAAUACUUUGGGACUGCCUUAUUAUAACGGCGUGGGGACUGUCCAGAAGGGGAGACCCAGGAAAAGGAAGAGCCCAGGGCCUGGGGCAGAUCUGGCAGCCUACAAUGCAGCUUUAAGCUGCAAUGAAAACGAUGGUGACCACCUGGAUAGAGACCAGCAAUACCCCAGCAAUCAAAAAACAAAGCGUAUGAGGACAUCAUUCAAACACCACCAGUUGCGGACAAUGAAGUCAUACUUUGCUAUUAACCACAAUCCUGAUGCCAAGGACUUGAAACAGCUAGCUCAGAAAACUGGCCUGACCAAAAGAGUUCUUCAGGUUUGGUUUCAAAAUGCUCGAGCCAAAUUCAGACGGAACCUCUUACGUCAAGAAAACACAGGGGUGGAUAAGACUUCAGAUUCAACACUCCAAGCAGGGACCCCAUCAGGUCCUGCAUCAGAAAUAUCCAAUGCCUCCAUGAGUCCAUCCAGCACUCCCACUACCUUAACGGACUUGACUAACCCUACUAUGCCUACUGUGACAUCUGUCUUGACGUCAGUGCCCGGAAGUCUUGAGGUUCAUGAAUCCCGAAGUCCUUCACAGACAACUCUUACAAAUCUUUUCUGAUGACUCUUAAUAAUUUCUUUAAAAAAGAAAUUAUCCUUAGUUGAAAUUCCAAGUGUAUUUUAAUAGAGGCUUUGAGCAACUGACUAACCACCAUUAGGAUCUCUCCUAAGAAAACAGAAGGAAAUGUAGUGUUCUGGUAUUACGGAGUAUGGACUGAAGAAUAACUUGGAAGAUCUAUUGCAACACAACAUUUGUGUAACUGUACAGUUUUGUGGACUGAGCAAGGGAAACAGCAAUUAAUUUAAGUUGGCUAAAGCUUCUGUAUUUUCAAAGACUGCCAUGUGCCUUAUACACUGUUUUAUCUACAUACUUUGAAUUCCAUGUCCACUUCUCUCUUUUUCUCUCUGUAUAUUUAUGACCAGGGCAAAAAUGCUAAGAGUUUGUUACUUUGAAUAGUCCUAAGUCUUUCAUUGGUUGCUUUGUUGUUUUAGAAGUUUAAAGUCAAAGUCUGUUUGAAUACCAGAAUUUGUAAAAUCUAACCAAUAAUAAAACCACUUAUGGAAACUACUUCGUAAUGGCUACAGUUACGUCUAACGUGAGCUUCACAGUCAAGAUAGGCUGAUUGUAUUUAAAAGGAUUAGAAAAUUGCACUUCAAACAUGAUACCUGCCUAGAAUAACUCCAAUGUGAUGUAUACAUUCCUCCUGUUCCUGAAGUAUGUAUGGGUGAGAAGUCUGCCUUGUGCAACAGUCUAGCUAUUUUCAGUAUAGAGAAAUAAAUGUUAGUUGCAGAUAGAAAUCAUCAGAUACCGUUAAAAUUCAAACAGACAAAAUAUACUUAAUUUUGUUGCGUGAAAAAAGCUUGACUGCAGCUGGCAUUUAUGAAAGCAGUCUUACUUUAGCACAAGAGAUGGCUUCUCCCCUUUCAUGGUGGAGGCAGGCGAGGUACUGCGGCCGUGCGGCCACCAGCGCUGUGCUACAGAGGUGGCAUUAGGUCAUACUUUCCCUAGGAAAAAGACAGAAGUAUUUCAGGUAAUUUUACAAAAUUGGUGGGCAAAAAUGAGGCAAAACUAUGUUUUACAAAGUCACAGCCUUACAUUUUUUGUAAUGCUUUGAAGGAAUAAAAAGCCAAGGAAGAAUAUUACAUUAUCAAUACCAAUAAAUGUGAUUAUUCCUUUAGCUAUUAUGGACCUUUCAAUGUGACUGAAUUCAUUCUCCAGGAGAAAAAAAAAAAAAAAAAUGUGCAGAAUAUAACUGAUAUUUUGAGUUCUUUUUCCUAUUGUUCUUAAAGAUGCUUUUCUGUAAUUAAAGAAAUACCUCAGCAAAGUUUAAAUAUGUGUAAGGAUGAGUAUGCGCUCUGCUGUUUGCCCAGUAGCUGUAUGGACCUGGAGUUGCACAUCACAUGCGUGUGGUCGUUCCUUUUCAAAUCCGCCGCAGCCCGGCUGUGCCGUCGGUGUUACGUGGCUCUCCAGCACCACUCUGCCAUUCCCACCGGAUCACAAUCGAUAAAAGAUUAUUCCAAAUAAACAGCAAGAUAGGUGCCAGGAUUUGUGUUCCCUGCCCUUUUCAGAGCACUGAAGAUGAUUUAUUGGGCCAGGCCUUUUGGUAACAAUGUUUUGGUUUUAAAGGCACUGUAUUUAUUCAGCUUUCUCAGCUGAAAAUUUGCCAUUCUUGUGCAAGCCACAUUCCUUCCAAGCUUGGUGAGAGAUCUCAGAGAGGGAGGACUGUGGGAUAGAAGUGCUGACAUAAUCGGGUCAUUUAUUAACCUUUUUUCAUGCUUUUGCUUAAAAAAAUUCAGGUGAGUUAUCUGAAAGGCAAGAUAGUCCUAACAUCACAACUAGCUUAGAUCUGUGAAGGGAAUUACGUUCUGCUCUCUAAAACUAACAGACUAGCACAGCCCUUUAUGCUUGUGCACAAUGAUGGAACAUUUUAAAAGCUAAUUCAGGUUUAAUUAUUUGCCUUUACAGAUUUGUCCAAGGCAUUUUUUUUCUCAUAACAGAAAUGUCUAAUGAGUAAAUUGUACUGGUUAUGAACUGUAAAACAGAACAUAUCUGCCUUUUGAAGAUAUUCAGGCACAGAGAUUCUACUGUGUGUAAUGCUUUGCUCAUUGUCAACUACCUUGGAGAUUCUUAUUUUUAUUUUUGACAUGCUUAGCUGUUUCUUUUCUUGAUUAAAAAGGCAAUGUUGGUCCAGUGUUAAAUGGAUACAGCCCGUAAUUAGAAAUGCUGUGUGUUAACCUGUAAGAAGUUUUAAAAAACAGAAUCCUGAAUUUGUAAGUGCUACGGCCGAUACAGCAGACAACAGUUCCAAUGGUUCUUAUUUGUGACCCUGUGUUUUAACUACCUGAAUCCACACAGCUGGAAAUACCUUUCAAAAUAAUUCUCAAUAUUGCCUUUUCAAACGAUUGAAAUUUAUGAAGGGGAAUCCUCUAGUGUUAAUAUUACCUGAAACCUAUAGGAGACAAUUAGAUAAAUUGUCCAGUUUAAUCAAAUCAGGGAUUUUGCAUAUAAAUAAGAGACAAUAUUCUAUGUAGGGUCUUUAUGUAGGUGCAUUAGGAUUCACUCACUGGCUCCAAUGACCUAUGUUGCCCCCAUGAUUGUUUCAAUCCUGUGGUAUUGUUUGGUUGUUUAGAGCUUGUUGGUUUUGAAUGCUGUACAUUUUUUUUACUACUGCAAUC